AUGAAAGCUAAGGCAAUAAUUGAAUUUAUCGUUUUUGUGGAUUCGCUUAAAACUAUUGGGAUCUUUUUAUUGGAUGAGGGAAUGUAUCAAAUAAGGAUUAACUUAUAUAUAUAGAGUUCCCAAAAUUUGAAGAUUCCUCUCACUCCGAAAGAAACUUUGCUAUUCAAGAGAAAUGAAUAACAAUAUUUGCCAUAACAUAUAAUUGAUAACUAUUAUAUGAGUGAUGCUUUCUUAUUGAGAUAAUGGACGGAGGAAGAAAAAUUUGAGAUAAAAAAUGGAUGUAGGUUCAGCGGUGCAAUUCCACAUAAUUUAAAAGAGUAGCCCUGUUUCAUGGAGAUUGAAUUAAUGUAUUACGAUUUAGCAUAAAAAAUUGUCUCAUUUUAAAGUAUAUCGAUGGCGAAGUUUAAAAUUGAAAACUCAUCAAAUGGGAUAUAUGAAUAUGUUCCUGUAAUAUUAGGGGAAGAUCACUUUAGUUUAUUAAAUCUGAUGGUUCUUUGUUCAUUGACUAGUUUUGAUAUUUAACUAUAGUAGGUAUAAAGUGAGGAUAAGAUGGCACUAGAUCAACAUUAACAUAUAAACAUGAGACAACUAUAUAACAAAGUGUUGGAACCUCUUAAAACAUCUUAUCGAAAUAUGCAGACAUUCUAUUAUAAUAUGGAGUUAGAAAUGGAAAGAGCAAGCAGCAGUGGAGGUAUGCAAUAUCAACUUCGACAAACGAAAAGUUUUUAGGUUUUGCCAUUAUCUAGCGCGGAUUCAUUAUUAAAAAAUGAAUAAAAUACAUAAUUGAUUAGCAAAGUUAUGGCCAAUGAAUUCAAAGUGCUAUAAAGUACAAUAAACUAAUUGUGGCAUAAAAUAAUUAUUGGAUUAAAAUUAGGCCAUUAAAAAUUACUCAGGUAACUGAAGAAGGAGUCAUUAACAAAUUUCUAAAGUCGAUACUCUGCAUUUACACAGAAAGAAGUAAUUCCUGUUGUAGAUCAUCAAUAUACUAUGAUUCCUUAAUAACAGAAAUAAAGUCAAGAGUAGGCAGAUUUAUAGAGUAAAAGAUUGGAGUAUCAGAAAUUGUUACUACAAGGUCCAUCGAAAAUAGUUGAUUUAAAAAUAAUAGAUGAAAUCAAGGAUAAGUUAAUGAUAGUUGAAAAACAUUAUGUUACAAGAUAAACAUUUUAAUUAUCAAGAUCAAAAUUGCAUCUAAUUGUUUUGGUUCAUGGUUAUUAAGGCCAUUCUUAUGAUAUGAGAUUAUUGGAGAACUAUAUGUGUUUAAGGUUUCCUUAGCAUAUGUUAUUGGUUUCAUUGUGCAAUCAGUAAAACACAGAAGGAGAUAUAUUACAAAUGGGUAAAUAUCUUAGUGACGAAAUUAAAAACUAUAUUGCAACAUGGUCUUAUACCGAUAAAUUAGUUAUCUCAUUUAUCGGACAUUCGUUAGGAGGAUUAAUUAUAAGAGCAGCAUUACCAUAUUUGGAUUUUGAGUUUCAUACUUUCUUAACAUUAGGAACACCACAUUUGGGUAAUGUUACUAAUUAAAGACCUUUAAUAAAAUUUGGAAUGUGGUUUUUUUAGAAACUAAAGAAAUCUCUAAGUUUAUCUCAAUUAAAUUGUUAUGAUGAUACAUUGUUAAAACUAUCCUUAUUUCCUGGAAUGAAUAAAUUUAAACAUAUUAUUUUAUUUGGAUCUCAAUAAGAUCAUUAUGUGAAUAGUGAAAGCAGUUUAUUAAUGAAAGUCUCAGGAAUUGAGAAUGAAUUAAAGCAUAAUGAAAUGGCAACUAAUAUCUUAAGACAAUUGCAUCAAAAUGAAGUCUUAAGAAUUAGCAUUGAUUAUAAGUUCUAUGAUGGAGAUUUUGAUACUUUUUUAGGGAGGAAAGCACAUAUAGCCAUCUUGGAAUCACAUUUUCUAAAUUAAUACAUAAUAUAUAACUUAGGAGACUAUUUCAAAUGA